CAACAUGGAAGCCAUGAGAGGAGGCGUGUGUGUGACUUUGGCACUGUGCAGUUCAUGUAUUUCAUGGUAAUCAAGAGCGGUUUCCUGGUAAAUACCGCAAUAGUAAUCACAAUUUAAUACUGCAUUUCUGAAAGUUGUUUUGUUAAAAUAGUUUUAACUUGAAUGCAUUAAUGCGGAGGGGAACAGUGUUUUAGUUGCAGCCAGCUAGCUAGCCGGCGUUGUCAAAUGUUCAUUGCCUAGAAGAACGUUAGCUAGAUGUUAAGUUUUGAGGUCGUAUGCAAGCUGUAAGAUUAGUGACAUGGAGUGUAUAACGUCUAAUUUGAGUUUACAUGUCUUAUUUAAUACAAAUACUUGAAAUAGGACUUUUUAUAGUAGGUCAACCAGCUAUCUCGUUAUAACGUAUCUAGUUAGUUGGGUUAGCAAGCCCUCCCUCCCCCAAGGCAUCAUACAGCAGUACUUUUGACUAUUCACUCCUAGCUGUGCAGGCGGUGAUUGUCAGGGAGGACUCUUCACUUUAACAAGACAAGCGAGUGUUGGCUGUAUACUAGCUAUACCUUGACUUUGGAACUUUCACAAAUAAGUCACACUGUGCCGAACAAAAUGCUCCUGUCGCUGGUUGUGCACACAUACUCUUUGCGGUAUUGGUUUCCUGCCACGGUGAUGCUAGGCACAGCACCGGCUUACCUUCUGUCAUGGGGUGCCUGGCGCUUGCUGUCUACCAUCUUACCAGCAAGACUAUACCACCGGCUAGACGACAAUAUCUACUCCAUCUAUCAGAGCAUGGUCCUCUUUUUCUUUGAGAACUACACGGGUGUGGAGAUUGUUAUUUAUGGAGAUAUGCCAAAGAAAAAAGAGAAUGUGGUCUACAUUUCCAACCAUCAAUGUACCGCGGACUGGAUCAUUGCUGACAUGUUGGCCAUCAGGCAGGAUUCUAUUGGCCAUAUAAGAUACGUUCUUAAAGAUGGUCUGAAGUGGCUUCCGCUGUAUGGAUGGUACUUCUCUCAGCACGGAGGUGUCUACGUUAAGCGAAGUGCAAAGUUUGAUGAAAAGGCAAUGAAAAAAAAGCUCCUCUCACAGACAGACCUGGGAACACCGAUGUAUCUUGUUAUUUUCCCUGAGGGAACUCGGUAUAACCCAGAGCUCAAGAAUGUGAUCACAGAAAGUCAAGAUUUUGCCUCCAAACAAGGACUGGCUGUUCUAGGCCACACACUGACCCCCAGGAUGAAGGCCUCGCACAUCGCCGUGGAAACCAUGAAGGACCACUUGGAGGCUGUUUAUGAUGUCACAGUGGCAUACGAGGGAACAGUUGGUGCCAACGGUGAAAGACAGCCUGCCCCAACAAUGCCAGAAUUCCUGUGCAAGGAAUGCCCCAGAGUCCACAUUCACUUUGAACGUGUGGACAUGAAGGAAAUUCCUCUGGAGCCAGUGUUUUUCCGCAGGUGGCUGCAUGAGAGAUUUGAGAUCAAGGACCAGCUGCUGUCCUCGUUCUACGAGUCGAAAGACCAAAACACAAAAUGCAGGUUCCCUGGACAAAGCAAGAUAUCUCCUCUGAGCUUCACGAAAACAUUGCCAUCCCUACUAUUUUUGGGAGGACUGACACUGCCAAUGCUGUUGACUGAGUCAGGCAGAAAACUGUACAUCCGAACCUGGCUGUAUGGGACUCUGUUGGGCUGGCUCUGGGUGAAUGUUAGCCCCUGAGUGGAGGAUUGAUUACUGCCAUCAUGACAUCCUCUAUGGCCAAGGACAGACCCGACCCUUAUUCUACACUUACAAAGCAAUGAGUGGGGUUUUUAAAAUACUGGUUCAAAUGGAGCUUCAAAUAGUUUGGGUUUUCAUCUGGCUGAUUGUCUGACCUUUUAACUGUAAGAAUAAUGCUGUGGAAAGGAUAGAAAGAAAUAUUUCAUAUACCCUGGUCGAUUUGACCAUUGUUUUACCAUGAAAAGGUGGAAGGUCAACAAAGUAUGGCUUUCGUCGCCAUAUGUUGGUCCUCUUUGGAUUUUUACCUUUACCUCAACCGUAAUAUUAGCAACAAUUAAGUUUCCUUACAUUAUUAAUCCUAUUAAAUCCAGCCAUAUAGUAUUUUUGUUCAUGCCCAGUGUCCAGCAUCUCUUUUAAACAUGAUGUAGUCUUUCAUUAAUUGGUCUGAUUUAACAGUUGCAAUAAUUGUCAUAACAGAUCUCAUGUCUACCACUCAUUACAAACCUAUUUUAGUGUUCCAGACAUUUGACAGUUCAAGUGACAUGCUCUACGUUAAACAUUACAUAUUAAUGCCAAGUUCCAUGUGUGCUCACUUUGCUUCUUUUGUUGCUGAAAAAAAAGGCAGUUGUUGCCAAAACUUGAACUGUAAUUGCAGACUCCUGAAAUGAACAAGCAAUGAAAGGAUAACUCAACGGCUUGUUCCUAGUUAUCUUGUUCUAGGAACUCAACUUACAAGUACUAAACAUCGACGUUGGUUUUUUUCUUACAGUACUUAAGUACAUUUGUUGUGAGAGCUUUUGAUUGAGGUACAUUUUUGUAAGUAAAUGCUGCUAUUUACACAAUGUUACAGACAACAGAAUGGAUAUAGCUUGCAAUAUGUCGACAGCCAUCUUGAGAAGGUGUAUUUAAAAUGUAAAUAUUUUUGAAUGUAUGCUCCUACAGAGCCAACUCGAUUAUAAACACCUUUAUUCCCCCCACUGUUACCACUUUACAAAUUCUUUCAAUUACUGAAGUUGUCCCCAUAGGGUUGGCCAAUGUUUUUAUGUCUGGCCAAUGUUUUAUGUCACUCCAAUAGGCUUGCAUAUCUUUUCUUCAUACUGUUCAGUGGCAAAAUGAGAACAGUUAACCAAUAUUUUUUCCUGUUUAAAUUCAUUUUCAAGAGAGCAUUGUGUAUUCCCAGAAGAUUAAAGACACAAUUGAAGUGCCAAUCGUUUUUCGAAAUGUGUCUUGCGAAAGGGCAGUCAGUCUGCAAAUGUAAUCUAAAAAGGACUGUCCCCUCUGACAAGUGCUGGCAUGUCCUCUACUGGACAGCACUUGAACUGUGGAGCACUGUACUCCUUUUCAAUGUUAAUUUUUGGCAUAUUGUUAGAUGUUCUUCGGAUGGUAACUGUGACGAUGAGAAAUGAUGUAUGAGCCAUUAAAAAUUAUUUCACAUUUGUUAACAAAGUUUAAUUGUGUUGUCAAAUGAAGAGGAGAGACAAUGCCCAUGUUGAUAACAUUUGGUUCUCUACUGUUAAUGUAAACAGAUUGUUUCUACGUUGAUGUACUCAAAGGUAGCAGUAAUUCUUGUCAGCCUUGUUUUCCUCGGAUGUGGGACACCAGGGUAUAGUUUUUACAUUACAUUACAUUUUGUUUUAACAUGGCAUAUAUCAUAUGACCGCUUUACAAAAAUUACACUCCAAUAAAAGCCCAUACGUGUGCCACUUAUGCCUAUCCUUUGAUACUUGUCAAGGCAGUGCAGCCAAAGAGCCAUACACAUUCACUGUUUCUGGUGUGAAGCACAUUUGAAAAUGAUUGACUGCAGCUUACAUCAAACAUGGUCAGAAAACUUGUAGUGCACAAUGACUCAAUUGUACUUGUGUUAAUUUCAUUUGUGAGAAUAAAGACAUGUCC